GAAAUCUUCUCCUACUGGUUCCAAUAGGGGUGUUCAUCCUUCACAGAGGAUAGAUGACGUAAUUUUGGCCCGAAGGGCGGGCGAACGGGCGAGAAUGGAAGGGGCCUUUUUCGGAUUCUUCCCCCGACACCAGAACUGCAAUUGCAUCCUCGGAAACAGCCGCUGGCUCCCAGCGCACACUCGUAACCCACAGGAAGCCGUCAGAGGAAAGGCGGAGAAACAGUCCUCCAGAAGCCUAGACAGGCAAAAGCUGGGCAAGCCCUGUGCGUCGGUCUCCUGCGGUUCUCCCGGCUCUGUCUGGAAUUUCCUGGUUCUCGCCGGCAGGCAAUGGGCGACGGGGAGGAUGAAUUUGAAGCAUCGGUGCUGGGCACCAAAGAGCACUGGGAUGCAGUUUAUGAACAAGAAUUGCAAAAUUUUAAAGAAAGUGGAGAUGCUGGUGAGAUCUGGUUUGGCGAAGAGAGCAUGACUCGUUUAAUUAGAUGGAUAAAAAAACAAAAGAUACCCCUGGACGGCUCUGUGCUUGACAUUGGAACAGGAAACGGUGUUUUGCUGGUUGAAUUGGCCAAAUCUGGUUACAGUAACCUUACAGGAGUUGACUACUCUGCUUCUGCAAUACAGCUUUCAAAAAACAUAAUGGAAAAAGAAGGGCUGCCUCAUGUUAAGUUGCAGGUAGAAGAUAUUUUAAAUCCCUCAGAUGAAUUAUCAGAUUUUCAGGUUUGUAUUGAUAAAGGGACUUUUGAUGCUAUCAGUCUGAACCCUGAAAACGCAGCAGAGAAGAGGAAGCAGUAUGUGAAAGCUCUGCACAGGGUAUUGAAACCAGGAGGUUUUUUCCUCAUAACAUCUUGUAAUUGGACCAAGGAGGAACUCUGCAAGAAAUUCAAAGAGGCAGAAUUUAUUCUUCUGGAGGAGCUGCCAACUCCUACAUUUUGCUUUGGAGGAAGAACUGGAAACAGUGUAGCAGCUUUGGUUUUUCAACUGAAAACAUAAAAUUUUCUAUUCUGGAUGCAUUUUCAAUUAAAGUCUCCCUAUCCUGAAUUUUAGAUCUCAUGGAUAAAUGAAAUGAAACAAGAUUAUAAAAUGAAAUACAAAUUGUAGAAGGUUUAAAUGUAUGCAGUUUUGGUUUCUCUGAAACUUUAAGUAUAUGGUUUAUAUGUUACUUACACACACACACACACACACACACAUUUGAUAAUAAAAUGCUAAAAAUUACCUUUUGCAUUUGAAAUCUAAGAUACCUUUAUGUACAUUAUGGUGGACUUCAAAAAAUUGGAUAGCUAUGGAAGAAAAUUGGCGUGUUUGCUGUUAUUAAUCACAUUUCUUUAGAAAUGCAACAGAUUGUCUGGUGUAAACUUUGGAUUGCUAGAAUCCCAAUUCAAUAAUAUUUUAAUAUGUUUCUGCCUGCAAAGAUCCAAAGGAGAUUAAAUGACACUAUUCCCUGAAGGUUUAAAUAGUCUCCUUUACAAAGAUGUCAAUGUUUACAGGUUGAAUUCAUACAAGAACCAUUUCAAGAGACAAUUUUAAGACGUAGGAGACAAAUGGCAAUUGAUGGAGAUGGUUGGUACAUCUAGUUCUAUCUAUAAAGUGGUUAAUAGCUGAACAUUAAUGUAUGUAGAAAUAGGACUGGCAACCAUAAAAUAGCAAUUAUAGGUACAUUCCUAGGUAUGUUUAGACAGAGAUAAGGCCUCUAACACCCCACAUGUCCAAACCAGCAUGGCUGGUAGAGACACACUGAGUGUUGUAGGCCUUUUCUAUUGCAUACAAUUGUGCCCUAAAUUCAGUUAUGAUUUAGAAAUGCUAAAUUUGGUUUCAGGGAGAGCAGAAUUUGCUGUGUAAUUAACAGUGUUAAUUGAACAUUCUCUUUCAUAUUGAUGAUAAAUAAUAUGAAAAUUCUAUUUUUAUA